GCACAGUAAAGUGGACGUAAAUUAAUUUCCAUUAAAGUUUACGAAAACUUCUUAUGAACAAGAUGACAUAUAGAUUGAUUUCGAAUAUCCUCAUUUACUUCCUUAUUUUGCAAUAUACGAAGCCCCAAUACAAUCCUCCACUCUAUGAUGGACAAGCAUACCAAUAUAACUAUCUGAAUAUAGCUUAUCCACAAUACUCUAAUCAAAGAAUGUACAAAAACUAUAACAAAUGGAUUCAAGAAAAUUCCGAAGAAUAUGAUGAAUAUGGGGAAGAAAAUCAUUGCGCCUGUCAUAAAUGUCAUGAAACCAUAAAAAAACCUUCUUGCAGAGAUGUUUGCCCUAACUGUUUCACUACACCGCCGCCUGUGAUAGCUCCAAGCUACGUAUUUCUACCAUACCCAUAUCCUUACCCAUUGACUCCUAACACAACCUUAGUUCCAACAACACAGACCAUAGAAACCACUGCAGCUUCAACUGCUAUGAAUUCAGUAACCACAUCAUCAGAAGCCAGUAUUACACAAUUAGAGACCAAAUCAACGAGAGCAGAAACUAUUAAAGCAUUUAAAUCAGAAGCUGUUACACUUUCAAAUGCUUUACCGGAAGAUAACAAUGAUUUAUCGAAAGAAAAAACUUUCAACAUAAAAGAUAAAGGUCAAUUUACGCUCACAGCAUUAAGGCGUACAAAGCCUAACUGGUUACCGAAGUAUGGAAUAGUACCCAUUUCCGAUAAAUUUGCUGAAAAACUAAUGCUACAACUUAGAAGUAUGAGGGUACUGCAUCCACAUAAGGAUAAUACAAGGAUCAAUGGUUCUUAAACGUCCGUUCCGUUAUUUUUUUAAUUAAAAUAGUUUUUUUUAC